AUGCGCAGUGGAUACUGUGAGCGUGAGUGCACAGGAUGUGUGGAGUUUAUAGCAAAGGAAGGACAGAGCCUAAAAGAACUAUACUUGGUAUCAUGCAAAAUCACUGACUAUGCUUUGAUAGCUAUUGGCCAAUACAGCACAACCAUAGAGACGGUGGAUGCAGGCUGGUGUAAAGAAAUCACGGAUCAGGGAGCCACCCUGAUUGCUCAGAGCAGCAAGUCCCUCAGGUAUCUGGGACUGAUGAGGUGUGAUAAGGUGAAUGAAGAGACUGUGGAGCAGCUGGUUCAGCAGUAUCAACACAUAACAUUCAGCACAGUGAUGCAGGACUGCAAGAGGACCCUGGAGAGAGCCUAUCAGAUGGGCUGGAUACCCAACACUUCCGCUGCAUCAUAACCUCCUGCCUACAGAACCAAUCAGUAAUCUGACACACGCAUAUCCAGCAGCUUUGGCAGCUCUGAGAUGUAACAGAUUUUUAAUAACACAUGUACAGUAACGAACCAUCAGAAGCCAGGAGUCAACAAUCGACCAGCAACACAUUUAGAAUAAGCAGAACACAGCCAAAAAAAUAAAUCAAAUAAACACUGUUAAAACUUUUCAAGUAGCAUUACAACGGGAUUGAAGUAGCUCUAUUUGUACAUUUUGUAGCUAUACAACUGUAGUCACAAUGCAUUGAAAUACAGCAUGUAUCUGGAAAACGCAAAGCAAUUGUCUCUCAGAUUCCUGCUUAGUUUUGUAUUUCUUGGUUAAAAACAAUACAAACUCGACAACUAUUGCUGCCAGAUAUUAAAGUGGUUUUUUUUUUUCCUGCUUAGUAGUAGUUUAGAGAUUUUUGUUUUUUUGUAUAAUCAAUCAUUUAAACUUUGUUUUUACCAAAUAGUGCAAAGUGAGAUUGCAAUAGAUGACUAGAUAAUAAUAGACCAGGUCUACUACCUGUUAAGUAAAAUACGUUUGCCUGAACAUAUAUAGUAUUUGUCAUAUACCAUGGUAUUUUAUUAUUAUUACUGUUGUUGUUGUUGUUAUUAUGGUUUAGUAAGAUAAUAGAGGAAGUAAACACCACAGGGAACAAUACACAUUGUAAGCCAGGGGAUUUUUUUCAGCGUUUUAAAAUCCUUCCCUUUAUUGUAUCAGUAAACAACAGUCGUUUACAAGACACUAUUAUGCAAAUGAUCUGGGUAUUUUUUAUUGUUUAAAAUAGAAAAGGCUUGUGGGAAAAAAAGUGGUAAUUAGUAAUGUAAUUAUAUAAACUGAAUACAGUACCUGGGGGUUGUAAAGGAGAUGUUUGUGAUGGCUUGUAAAAUAUCAUAUUACCCAGAUGAUCUUUCAGCCUUACCUUUAGACUUUCACCUUUUUGCUGGAUAUUUUCACACUUGAUCCUGUUCUUUUUUUUUUUUUUUUUAAUUAUUAUUAUUAUUAUUAAUGUUAUUCUGUGUCCAAGAUAUUAUCCAUUGGUAUAAAUGUCAUGGCAAUAAAUCUCUUGCAUGGUUUCACAUCUACCAUUUUCAACAUUGUUUUAGAAGCAAGGGCUCUGUUUUAUUUCCCCUCAAACCAGAAGAAUCCCGCCAUAUCCAAUAGCUAGCCAAUUAAAAGAGAGCCCCUUGCUACCUGCAUUUGUGGUUUUGUCUUGUGUGUACUGUCCAGUGCUUCACUAAUGUGUUAGUUUGCAUCAGCUGAUUUAGUUCUUGUAACAUACCUUAAACUUAAAACUCAGAUGCUCAUAUUUGUUAAAUAUUCCUAGAACUCUGGAAAUUAUAUAGGUGUCCAAAGGGCUAUAGUUGUAUUUGUGACCAAUUUUUUUUUCCCCUAUAAUGCCACCAAUAUAUACAAUACAUCUAAUAGUUUUAGCCACAUUUCAUAACCCCCCUACAAGACAACAUGUACCUGCAAAAGGAAUACUUGACCGUUGUUUUGUUAGGUUUCUUUUUGUGUAUUUGGUCAUUUCUCUGUUUCAAUAAUGCACACUAAAUCUAUCCUUCUAAUUCAUUUAAUAAAAAGAUAAAAUUGAGACUGAUAAAUAUAUGUUCAUAGUAAAAGGUCAUGAUGACAUCUUUUGAAGGCAGACUGAAUGGGAGUCAGAGGCUUUGCAUCCAUGUGCAGGAGAUGGUUGAAUGGGACUCAGAGGCUUUGCAUCCAUGUGCAGGAGAUGAUUGAAUGGGACUCAGAGGCUUUGCAUCCAUGUGCAGGAGAUGAUUGAAUGGGACUCGGAGGCUUUGCAUCCAUGUGCAGGAGAUGAUUGAAUGGGACUCGGAGGCUUUGCAUCCAUGUGCAGGAGAUGAUUGAAUGGGACUCAGAGGCUUUGCAUCCAUGUGCAGGAGAUGAUUGAAUGGGACUCAGAGGCUUUGCAUCCAUGUGCAGGAGAUGAUUGAAUGGGACUCAGAGGCUUUGCAUCCAUGUGCAGGAGAUGGUUGAAUGGGACAGAGGCUUUGCAUCCAUGUGCAGGAGAUGAUUGGAUACAGUGAUGGGUUUCAGGACUACCUUUUUUAAAGUAUAUUAUUUAAAUUGCCAGGAUUUUGGUGUAAAUGUACAUUUAUAGCCGUUAUAAAUGCUUAAAAACCUCCAAGUAAAAUUGUACACACAGGUGUGACUUAUUCAUGAUCAGUUCAGAGCAGAUUUACCAGGUUCCUAAUUGUUCAAACUUCUGGUACCAGAUCACUUCAAUAAUAUACAGUACCUGUAACUAACUUAAUAAUAAAACAUGGAGUGGCAAAAUCCCGCUGUGCAAUAGGAGUCAGCUUUACAGCACCAUAGAUGUCUCUGUUGCAACAGCUGAAUAAAUGCAGCACUGUUUUGGUCAUGCUUUUGUAGAAAACAGCUUUGAAACAUGAACUCCCAUUGGAUCAUUGCUUGAGAUCGUGAAGGUACAUCAAAGUUUAUGUUUUGAUCCUUUGAACUACUUAAGAAAGAUACAAAGUUUUCAAGGAACAUCAAGGACAUGCGCAAAGGAUGGACUCAAUUUACACAAUUUCGUUUUGCAUUCGGACAUAAUGUUUGAUUAUGCUGUUUGAAAGCAAAUGGUUUUCCAAGAAGUGUUUUAUUGUCUUGAGAGAUGGGAAAAGUAUAUUUUACUGAUGAAUUACACCGUGUAACAAUUUUUUUUUUUUUUUUUGUUCCUGGGUAGUAAGUGUUAUUUCCUAAU